GAAACCUGGGCUCUCCUGAGCCCGGUGAACCCCGACCUACUAGAGUUUCUUCUCCGAUUCCUUGGAAUCUCUCAAUCGCUGGGUCCCCAAAGUCAUCUUUCUCCUUUCUGGUCGUCUGUCAUCCUUUGACUCCCGGGCCAUCUGACCCACGCUACUGCUUUUCUCGAAUUUCCCAGGGCCCUCCAUCCUCGAGCUCCCUGCUGAUUUCUGCCAUCCCGGAUAACCACCCCAGCUCACAGACCUCUUGGAUCCAGUGACCCGGGACUGCCUGGACUCCUCCAGCCCAAUCCUGGGUGGGCGCCGGGUGGCCGGUCCCGGGCCUCCCCUCAUGGCAACCACCCCCACCCAUCCUGUGGGGCUCCCUGGCUCCCCAGGGCCAGGGUCUCCUCCACCGUCUGGCAGCUUCGAGCUGCAGUCGCCGCCACCGCUGCCUCAGGUCCCUGUCCCAGGCCCUGGCGUCUCCUUCCACAUCCAGAUCGGGCUGACCCGGGAGUUCGUGUUGUUGCCCACCGCCUCGGAGUUGGCCCAUGUGAAGCAGCUGGCUUGCUCCAUCGUGGACCAGAAGUUCCCCGAGUGUGGCUUCUACGGUCUUUAUGACAAGAUCUUACUCUUCAAACAUGACCCCACGUCAGCUAACCUGCUGCAGCUGGUGCGCUCGGCGGGAGACAUCCAGGAGGGCGACCUGGUGGAGGUGGUGCUUUCUGCCUCAGCCACCUUUGAGGACUUCCAGAUCCGCCCGCAUGCCCUCACCGUGCACUCUUACCGAGCCCCGGCCUUCUGCGACCACUGCGGGGAGAUGCUCUUCGGCCUUGUGCGCCAGGGCCUCAAGUGUGAUGGCUGCGGACUGAACUACCACAAGCGCUGUGCCUUCAGCAUCCCCAACAACUGCAGCGGGGCUCGCAAGCGGCGCCUGUCGUCCACGUCUCUGGCCAGUGGCCAUUCUGUACGCCUUGGCACCUCGGAGUCCCUCCCCUGCACGGCUGACGAGCUGAGCCGGAGCAGCACUGACCUCUUGCCUCGCCGGCCCCCGUCGUCCUCCUCCUCAUCCUCUGUGUCAUCCUACACCGGCCGUCCCAUCGAGCUGGAUAAGAUGCUGCUCUCCAAGGUCAAGGUGCCACACACCUUCCUCAUCCACAGCUACACACGACCCACUGUCUGCCAGGCUUGCAAAAAACUCCUCAAGGGUCUCUUCCGCCAGGGCCUGCAGUGCAAAGACUGCAAGUUUAACUGUCACAAACGCUGCGCCACCCGCGUCCCGAAUGACUGUCUGGGGGAGGCACUCAUCAACGGAGAUGUGCCCAUGGAGGAGGCCACUGAUUUCAGCGAGGCUGACAAGAGCGCCCUCAUGGAUGAAUCUGACGACUCUGGUGUCAUCCCCGGCUCCCACUCGGAAAAUGCCUUCCACGCCGGCGAGGAAGAGGAAGGCGAGGGAGGCAAGGCCCAGAGCUCCCUGGGGUAUAUCCCCCUGAUGAGGGUGGUGCAGUCGGUGCGUCACACCACCCGGAAAUCCAGCACCACAUUGCGCGAGGGUUGGGUGGUCCAUUACAGCAACAAGGACACGCUGAGGAAGCGGCACUAUUGGCGCCUGGACUGCAAGUGCAUCACACUCUUCCAGAACAACACAACCAACAGAUACUAUAAGGAGAUUCCACUGUCAGAAAUCCUUGCUGUGGAAACUGCCCAGAACUUCAGCCUUGUGCCACCAGGCACCAACCCACAUUGCUUCGAGAUCGUCACUGCCAAUGCCACCUACUUUGUGGGCGAGACACCUGGCGGGGCCCCAGGGGGGCCAAGUGGGCAGGGGGCUGAGGCCGCCCGGGGCUGGGAGACAGCCAUCCGCCAGGCCCUGAUGCCCGUCAUCCUGCAAGAUGCACCCAGCGCUCCAGGCCACACACCCCACAGACAAGCUUCUCUGAGUAUCUCCGUAUCUAACAGCCAAAUCCAAGAGAAUGUGGACAUUGCCACGGUCUACCAGAUCUUCCCAGAUGAGGUGCUGGGCUCGGGACAGUUUGGAGUGGUCUAUGGCGGAAAGCACCGAAAGACUGGCCGGGACGUGGCGGUGAAGGUCAUCGACAAACUGCGUUUCCCCACCAAGCAGGAGAGCCAGCUCCGGAAUGAAGUGGCCAUUCUGCAGAGUCUGCGGCACCCCGGGAUUGUGAACCUGGAGUGCAUGUUCGAGACGCCCGAGAAGGUGUUUGUGGUGAUGGAGAAGCUGCACGGGGACAUGCUGGAGAUGAUUCUCUCGAGCGAGAAGGGCCGGCUGCCCGAGCGCCUCACCAAGUUCCUCAUCACCCAGAUUCUGGUGGCUUUGAGACACCUUCACUUCAAGAACAUUGUCCACUGUGACUUGAAACCAGAAAACGUAUUGCUGGCUUCAGCCGACCCGUUUCCUCAGGUGAAGCUCUGCGACUUCGGCUUCGCGCGCAUCAUCGGCGAGAAGUCCUUCCGGCGCUCGGUGGUGGGCACACCAGCCUACCUGGCGCCCGAGGUGCUGCUCAACCAGGGCUACAACCGCUCGCUGGACAUGUGGUCCGUGGGCGUAAUCAUGUACGUCAGCCUCAGCGGCACGUUCCCCUUCAACGAGGACGAAGACAUCAACGACCAGAUCCAGAACGCAGCCUUCAUGUACCCCACCUGCCCCUGGAGCCGCAUCUCUGCCGGAGCCAUCGACCUCAUCAACAACCUGCUGCAGGUGAAAAUGCGCAAGCGCUACAGCGUGGACAAGUCUCUCAGCCACCCCUGGUUACAGGAGUACCAGACGUGGCUGGACCUGCGAGAGCUGGAGGGCAAGAUGGGCGAGCGGUACAUCACUCACGAGAGCGACGACGCGCGCUGGGAGCAGUUCGUGGCGGAGCACCCACUGCCCAGCCCCGGGCUCCUGGCGGACGGGGAGUUGGGUGGGGCUCUGCGGCCGCAGGACCACGAGAUGCAGGGGCUGGCUGAGCGCAUCAGCAUCCUCUGAGCCAGUGACCCCGCCCCGGCUGCUCCUGGACGCCGCCCUCCGCCUGCCCUUGGGGAGCAACCCCGCACACACCACCCAGGCGCUGAAUUGUACAGAACUGUUCUAGGGAAGCGUCUCCUCGCGAAAAUUGGACAUUGCCCAAAGGGGGGAUUAUUUACAAACGUAACUCUCCAACCAUUAAAACGGACUUCUCUGUGGCCUCG